AUGUCUGAGCUAACGUUUACUAAAUCAUUCUUGUCCAUGCUGGACUCGCGCCCUAUCAAGCUUCGCGCUGAUCAUGUCUUCGACCCCGAACAAAUUGGAUUACGAGUUCCUUAUACCCUCCCCCGCCUUUCAGCCCCGCAUCCUCCGAUGCCCAAGAAAGUGAGGUCAACACAGGCACCAGGCUCAUCUAAAUCAAUCACUGUUCGCGUCAAGUCUGCCCGAAACCCUGCUCUGGAAUUUUUGAUAUCCAAUACCCCUCUCUCGACCACCUCAGUCCAGGACAUCCGGGAUGCUGUGCGAUUGCGCGUCACGGAUGCGCAUGGGGGCCAAGUUCCGCUAGACAAGAUCAAGAUCCUAUACAAGCGCAAGCCAGUGACUGGAACCGGGAAGACAUUGGCCGAAGUAUUGGCAGACGAGCCCGUGAUUAUGGCGGGAGGCAAAGAAGUUGAGAUUGGGGUGAUGAUCAUUGGUGGCGCCCAGGUGGUUGAAUCUGCUGUGACUCAACCGGAGAUUACAGAGAAGCGGGAUGAAUCACCUCCUAAGGUUGCUAUAGGCCCAAGUGGUGAGGAGAUUUUGCACACAGAGGCUUUCUGGCAUGACUUGCAAGGUUACCUCGAGCAGCGAUUGAAGGACGAGGGAGAAGCAAAACGGUUGAAAUUGAUGUUCAAGGAGGCGUGGAGUUCAACCAAGUAG